AUAUAGCCUUCAUAACUAACUAAAUACCAAAAUCACUUUCUAAAACCUCCUGUUGUGUAAGAAGUCUGGAGUCUGGACCAGGCGAUAUUCGAACUUCAAUCUUUACUGUAUAAGUUUAAUGGCGGAAAAAGCUUCAUCAUCGUCCGUUGUGAGGGAUGAACCAGAGUGUCUGCAAAUAGAAGAUGAAGAGGUCUAUGGCGCUGACUCGGGCUGGGUUGAAGCACGGACUUCAUGCGAACAUCUGGGUUCUUUGUCAUCUGAUCUCUUGCAUGUUCCAGCUCCCGAUACCCCUUGCAACAGGUGCCAUCAUCCAGCAGAAAAUUGGUUAUGCCUGUGCUGUAAGGAUGUCCUCUGCAGUCGCUUUGUGAACAAGCACAUGCUUGAACAUUUUCAAGAAACAAAACAUUGUGUAGCACUCAGCUAUAGUGAUUUGUCAGUUUGGUGCUUCUCCUGUGAUGCAUAUUUAGAUGCUCAGGUGAUACUGCAAUUGCGACCUGUUUAUGAAACUACUUACCUAUUGAAGUUUGGAGAGCCCCCACCAUUUCGGCCAGUAGAAUGUUUGGAGGUCUGUGAUAGUCAAAUGAACAGUUCAUCUUCAGGCUGUUGAAAUAUGAUGCAGUAAAUUUCAGUUUUAUAGGGGAACCUAAAUCACAUUGGAGAUUUUCCUGAGUGCAUCAAUUGCUUUUACAAUGAUGAGUACAAUUCCUAUACAUUGUGAAUGGUUUAAUUGAAGGGAAUUGUUUCUGGUGGUAAUAA